AUGGUCCACAAAAAUUUAUAGGUGCCUUCCACCAGCCCCGUCACACCCGGAGUUGCUGUCGCCGUACCGGUGAAGACUCCGGUGUUAGGUCCGCUGGCCUGUGUCCAGGCCCCUGUCGCCGUGCCGGUUGGUGUAUUGGCUGCCAGGCUUACAGAAUAGGUUGCACAAAGUAUCGUUUACCUGUGUACAAUUGCCAUUGCUCAUGGUCCACAGGAAUUUAUAAGUGCCUUCCGCUAAUCCGUUUACAGCUGA